CAUGUAACAAGCUAUACAGAUGGGUUUUAAAUAUAGUUAUGAUGAGUUAGGCAUUUAAAAGAAAAUGCCUAACUGGAGGGAUCAUAGUUAAAAAUAGAACCAACCAAACAGAAAAUAGCGAAACAUUAGAUUUAACCUAUCGGACCAUAGUUACAAGAAGAUAGAGACAUAUUUUGAUUUCUUUCAACGUCUGUGAAAGUAAAGGGUUUCGGCGACAGAUGAUAAAAAUAUAGGAAUAAAAGGACUGUGCUACGGAAUAAACUAAGAUAAAGAUGGCAUCAUCAUUGUCAAACAAGCAGCUGAAUUUCGCUCGCUUAGCCAUCGCGUGUUUGGAUGUUAUUAAACUGCCACUAAUAGACAUAUUACAUUUAAAUGUCAAGGCCGACGAAUUGUCAGACAAAAUUAAAAAUAAUCAAACUCUAAAGAAGGGAAGAUUUAGACUUAAUUCAAAAGAAAAAGCGAAAUGCUGCAUUCAGCCACCCGAUAUACCUGAUUAUAGUCAGUUUGACGUAACCUUACUAUGCAAACUGAUUAGUCAUCUUUGCCCUUCCAUACAACCACGACAGGGGUGGGGUGUAGAGCCAAGCGAUGAUGACGAAGGACUUGGCGAUGACAUUGUGCGAAUUAGAGUGCUCAGAAACGAAGUUUUCGCACAUGCUGCCUCAGCAGAAAUCGAUGACGAAAAGUUUGAGAAAAUCUGCGAUGAUAUAGAGCGGGUGCUUACAAGAAUUCAAACAUCUAUACCUGAUUGCAAAUCAGUUGAUUAUGUGGUGAAAUUGCAAACAGUCAAAGGACUGCCAAAAGACAGCGAAGAAUGCGCAACUAUUAAACCAAGAUUGAGAGAGGAAUUACAAAGGAUAGCAGAGGAUAUUACUAUUGAGGUCAAAGGAAAAUUAAGAAGGAUGAAAAGGGAUCUUACCACGGCUGUCAGAGGUAAAGUCAAACCUACAGGAAAAUUAAAAAGGAUGAAAAGGGAUCUUACCACGGCUGUCAGAGACGGAUCACGGAAGAUAAGAGAUAAACGGGAUUAUCUGGAUAAUUAAGUUCUUCAGACAUAUGAGAGGACUCCAGAAGAAUCUAAACUAGAGGAAGUUAGCAAGUAUAUUGGGCCAAGCUUCCCUUGGAGCAGGUUUGGGGUUGCAAAAUAUCCAGUGUUUUGUGAUGUCAUGCUUUUUUGUAAGACUUUGAAUUCUUUCAAAUUUGUACAAGAUAGUUUAAUAUAUUUCAUGUGAAUAGAAUCACGUAGAAGUGAGUAGAAUUACUGUUUAGUUCAAGAUAUUUUCGCAGCUUGAUUUUAUUCUUAAUUUCCAAUUUUUUAUACAUUAUAUCUAUGCUAAAGGGAAAUAACACUUUUCUGACUUUUCUCUCAGUUCUCUCUCUAAAUGAUAUAGUGUUUCUUAUCCCAACAAUUAAUUUUAAAAUAUGUUUAUAGAUUAAGUUUUCUGAUAAAGUUGACAAUAAAAUAAAACAAGAUAAACAAAUUUCUGCCUACAAAAGUUUUACUUUUAACAAAAAAUACGGUUUUCUGAUGUUUGAAUAUGCUUUAGUUUACGUUUAUCUGACUUCUAAAAAAGUGUGAUGACAUGUAUAUUUUUUCUUACAAUUGAUGAAAUUUAAGUCUAUUAAGUUGAAAUCAGUACAGUUUUCCGACUUUCAUCAGAGAAUUUUACGAGUAUGGAGUUACCUUUAACAUGAUUACAUAUUUUCACUAACAUUUCACGUUAUCACAAAUUAAAAUGUUCAUAUUUCUGUACAUUUAUGAACACAUUUCUAAAAUUAGGAAAAAAUACACUAAACUCAAGAUUUAUUAAAAAAGCGUUGCCAUAAAACACCUAACUGUUAAGCGACAAGAAACGUGUAUUCAAUAAAUAAAAUUAAUCAUUGGAAAGGUAGUAUAUUCACAAUGGCAUACUAUAGAGCAUGUUACAGAAAAAAAAUUAAUCGCACAAAAGAUAUUUUCUAUCAAAACAAAAAAGACAAUGUUUAAACACAAUUUAUAAACGUAUAUAUCUGUAUAUGUUGGAAAUGUUCUUUGGUCAGUUUUACCUCAUUGUGAAAAAUAUACUUGUUGAGCAAAUGCACAUGAUGCUAUUAAAUAUUUUGAGAAAUGACAAUAAAAUAAAAUUUGUCCAGAACUCCAAAAUAUAAAAAACAGUAUCUUUUUCAAAUAAAUCUCGUCGUUGAUGGCAAAGCUUAGAUCCUAUUUAUCAACGAAAAUGAGCACACUCCAAUUUAUUUUAGUAAACCAUAUGCCAAAAGUAAAAGAAACAAAAGAAGGCUAUUGUCGAGCGACCAAUUUUAACAUAAGGAAAAGUGGCUCUGUAUGUAUACAGUGUAUAUUAGAAAAGAAUAAUAUUACAAGUUUUUCAUUUUACUAGUAGCAUUUUGAACACCCAAUUUAAAGUUACAUGAAAAAAAUUAUCCACUGACAACAAUGUUGAUGUAUUCAUGUUGUGAUGUCUGUCGUCAUUAAUAUUAGGGGAAAAGAAUGUAUGUAUAUGUACCUGUGUAUGAGGGAAGUACUCAUGUGUAUAAAGUGUUUAAUAACUUUAUUUAUUAACCAAAAGACACCAAUGAAUUAAAGAAAAAAAAAGAUCAGGGAGAAAUCUUCCCGCAAAGGGUGAUACCAAGGUAUAAUAUAAUCGGAUUGUUAAAAUGUAUUUUUUUUUCAAAAAUGUUUAUGAUAUGACUAACACAGAUUUUUAUUUUUCAAAAUAAGCAUCAAAAGCAAUUUCAAGACAAAAUGUACAUUUAUGCUGUCAUAUUUUAUUCAAGGCUACAUAUUGUGAUUCUUACUGUACUAUCUCCAUCGAGUGCCAUGGAAAUGGACAUGAAAUAUAUUGUAGUAUCUGGAAAUGGAUAUGAAAUUAUUGUAAUUGUAAUCAUAUGUUAUUAUAUUAUGCUUGAAUUUAGAAUAAAAACCUCAAGAAUUUGA